AUGUUUGUCCAUGGAAAUCAUUCAAACGUCCAGAGGCCAGAAAGCUUAAUGCCUUUAUUCUCUGAAUUUGAGGGGAUUACAAAGCAAUCAAAGCUAAUGUAUCAUGACAAGAGAGUCUGCAGUUUAUUUAUGCAAAAAAAGAUCACUAACUCGAGGCAGUUCAAUCAUCAACUCAGACAAGAAUUAGCAAUUUCUACUGAUGAUCUUGAUCUCAAGAAACAAUUCUUAAUGCCUGCCAAGAAUUUUCCGCUUGGUCAAAUCAUCAUCACAAAUAAUGAUUCUCACUAA